AUGACGUUCUACACCUACGCGCAGAACAUCCGCCUCGCCAAGCGCAACGACAAACAAUAUCUCAUCGCCAAACUGGCCACCGGUUCCUCCGCCGGCGGCGACGAAGAGGGAUGGUACGUCGACUCCAUCUGUCUCGACGACCACAUCGGUAACGACCACGGUUCCUUCAAGUGGUCAGAUAAUGGGGGCGGCUUCAGCUACUACGCCCGGGAUAUCAAGCUGCUCAACGACGGGAGGACUCUGGCGGCCCAGCUCGCGGCCGGGGGCGACACUGGUGGUGGUGGCUGGCGCGACGCGACCAUCGAUCUUGGCGAACGCUUGGCGAAUGAUCACGGCCGCUUCAAGUAUAUCAGCAAGUGA